AAGGGGCGCAGCGUGGGAAAGGGAUGGUUGAGUUUUAACCGGAGGCUGAGCGUGAGUGGGAUCAGUGUGCACGCACCGCCCGCAGCCGAGCGCCGAGCGGCCGCUGCAGUUAACUCCUCCCUGCCCGCCGCGCGACCCUCCUCGGAGCCCGCGCUCCGCCACCAUGAAGAGAGCUCACCCGGACUACAGCUCCUCCGAUAGUGAGCUGGACGAGACCAUCGAGGUGGAGAAGGAGAGCGCGGACGAGAAUGGAAACUUGAGUUCAGCGCUGGGUUCCAUGUCCCCUACGACAUCGUCUCAGGUUUUGGCCAGGAAAAGACGGAGAGGCAUCAUCGAGAAGCGCCGACGAGACCGAAUCAAUAACAGUUUGUCUGAGCUGAGAAGGCUGGUACCCAGUGCUUUUGAAAAACAGGGAUCUGCUAAGCUAGAAAAAGCUGAGAUCUUACAGAUGACCGUGGAUCACCUGAAAAUGCUGCACACUGCAGGAGGGAAAGGUUAUUUUGACGCGCACGCCCUGGCUAUGGACUAUCGGAGUUUGGGGUUUCGGGAAUGCCUGGCCGAAGUUGCCCGUUAUCUGAGCAUCAUUGAAGGACUCGAUGCUUCCGACCCACUUCGCGUUCGCCUGGUCUCCCAUCUUAAUAACUACGCAUCCCAGCGGGAAGCCGCGAGCGGCGCUCACGGGGGCCUCGGACACAUUCCCUGGGGAAGCGCCUUCGGACAUCACCCACACAUCGCACACCCGCUGCUGCUGCCCCAGAAUGGCCACGGGAACGCUGGCACCACGGCGACACCCACGGAGCCGCAUCACCAGGGCAGGCUGGCUUCUGCCCAUCCCGAGGCGCCGGCCUUGCGUGCGCCCCCUAGUGGCGGCUUGGGACCGGUGCUUCCCGUGGUGACCUCAGCCUCCAAACUGUCGCCGCCGCUGCUCUCCUCGGUGGCCUCGCUGUCAGCCUUCCCCUUCUCCUUCAGCUCCUUCCACCUACUGAGCCCGUCGACGCCCACGCAGGCAGCAAACCUUGGCAAGCCCUAUAGACCUUGGGGGACAGAGAUUGGCGCUUUCUAAAGAACUGACGCUGUAGAACGGGGAGGGGAAACCUUAAAAUCCCAGGUGUGCUGGGACCGUUGCCAACACCACCUUAAAGUCGCCAGUAAAAGUCAGGAAAAAGGUACAUUUUCAGAUAUUUUUUCUAAAGACUAAAGGUUUGUUGGUUUCCUUUUUUUCUUUAAUUUUUUUAUCAUGUCAUGCAUUAGCAGUUUUAAAAAAUUAGUUGUUAACUUUUGUUUAAAAGACUCAAUUGAAGCAACACUUUGAUCGUUGUCUAUUCUGUGCCUCGUUUAUUUUGUAAACCUGUCUGUCCAAGAAUGACUCCACUUGCCUCAGUGUGGGGAUCUUAACAUUAGUGUUUGGGGUCUGUUUCCCGCUGUGUAUAAGUUGCGAACUUUUGAGGAUUAAUUUCACAAACCACUAUGCUCAAUGUUAACACGAUUUUGUUAAUACUUGA